AUGCGGACAUUAGCGUCUCUAAAUUAACGCGAGGUCGACAAGGCGAAGUCGAGUGGAGAAAAAUAAAACAUCAAAAUGUUGAAAGAGUUGGUAAGGGAGCGACUAAUUGCGGUCGCAGACGAAAUAUUCGGUCUUUUUGAAAAAACCAUAGCGUCCUACGAAGAGGAACUUUGUCAAAAAAGAGAGGAGAUCGAGCGACAACGACAACAACUGGAAGCUGUUUCCAAAACACCAACGUUGUUUUUCAUCCAAGGCGUCCAGCCGCUGAUUGGUUACCAAGUACCACAACUUCCCCCUCAGCUGCAGGGCGUCGCCACCGGUUUGGAGCAUCCGCAGCCCCCGCGCGUCAAAGAGGAAGAGGUAGAGUCCGAUGUCACCGCCGUCCCCGUGAAGUGCGAAGACGAACCGCCCAAGUCGCCAAUGCUUCCUCACAGCAGCGACCCACCGCAACACAUGACGACCAAGACCAAUGAAGACCACCGUGGGGCACAGCAAGCAGACCGCCGCUUAGCUCCGAUGGCCAACAGUAACGACACCAAAGAACCGUCGAGGAGCAGUACGGACUCUGAAGGAAGAUUGGAGGCAGACACGGGGGACAUGAACGUACUGCAGGAUGGCAAGAAAGAGCUGAAAAGGACAAACAUAGACAAGUGGGCCAAUGUCCAAAAAAUGAGAUGGAAGAUGAGUGAAGAGUACAUGAGGAUGAAAAACCAUGAGCACGCUUUGAGGUUGGCCCGGAAAAUGGGAAUGCCGUGCCAGUCGCCCUUUUGCCAGAACUCGUCCAAGCUGCUGUGCAGACUGGUGGUACAGUCGCGUCGGGAGGAGAUCUACCGGCACUUCUGGAACGAGUUGGACUGGAGCGGGAAGGGGAACUUCGUCAAGUCGCUGGUCGAGAUCAGCAGUGUCAAGCGACCCAAGAUGAGCGACCAAGUGGCUCAGUCUCGCCGCGGCGUCUCCAUUUCUUGCCACCUCGUCGUGGACGGUCGACGGGUGCGUGUGUGCCAGCGCAUGUUCCUGUCUACGCUCGGUAUCUCACAGUGGUUCCUCUUGAAGUGGGCCGGCCGAAAAGGAAAAGGAAGACGGGUUGUCUGUCCCAAUACGACUGUGACGACAGCGAAAAGCGUCACCAAAGAAGAUCGAAGCUUCCUCAGGUUCUUCCUACACAAUCUCCCGCAGGUUCCGUCGCACUAUGGUGGACCGUCUUCAUCCAAGGUGUACCUGGAGCCCAUUUUCAAGUCGGCCAUCCACCUCUACAACUUCUACAUGCUCUCCUGCCGGGAACGCGGUGUUCUGCCCUUAUCCAAACGGGUGCUGAAUAAAACUUUGAAGGACCUCAACCUGACUUUGUUCCGUGCCAAGAGGGAGCAGUGCUCCACCUGCAGCAAGACCAAAGAUGUGGACACAUCAGUGUGGGAGGAGCACCGGCGUAAAAAAGACUCCACCUUGCUCGCGAUGCAGCAGGACCAAGAACGAGCUGGCCGGGAGAUUCUAGUAGCUUGCAUGGACCUCCAGGGGCUCCUUCUCGCUCCCAAGCUCCAACCAUCUGCUCUGCACUACACCAAGACCAAGCUAUGCGUGCAUAACUUCACCCUCUUCAAAAUGGCUUCACAGGAAACCACCAACUACCUGUGGCACGAGGGCGAAGCCGGCAUUUCUCAGGACGAGUUAGCCUCGUGCGUGGUGGACUUCCUCCUAACCAACACCGCCAACCAGGAGUACAUCCUUUGGAGCAACGCCGACCAGUAUAGGAACCUGGUCCUGAGCAACGCCCUGCUCAAGUUCGCCACAGACUCGCACAAGCCCGUCACGCAGAAGUUCCUGGAGCGAGGCCAUACCCGGACCGAGUGUGACGCGGUGCACACCGCCGUUAGGAGGCGACUGAAGAAGCGCGACAUCCACGUUCCGUUGGAGUAUGCGGCUGUCAUCGGAGGACCCGGUACCAGAGCGUGCCCGGUGAAAUACGUAGACCAUAAUUUCUUCACAGACUACCGCCAACUAAACCUCUCCGUCUCCAUCCAACCCAGCGGAGAUGCAUCAGUGGAGGAUGUGCGAGCAAUUAGAUACAACACAGAUGGCACGAUGGCAUACAAACUAGAUCACUUUGAGGAGUGGCAGCCAUACGCGUCUCCGCUCCCUAGAAUGGAGGGUCCGGUUGGAACUGUGUCGCCGCUGUACAGGAACCGCCAGAAGCUCAGCAGCAUCAAGUUUCAACACCUUCAGGAGCUCAAACAUGUUUUACCCCAAGACUACCACAGCUUCUAUGACACUCUUGACCAUGAGUGAUGAGUUUACCAUCAAGGAAUAGUAGCAAAAGUGUUGUUAUUAGGGACAGGCAUGAUUAUCAGUGAAUUGAUGUUUUCUUUUAUGUGUCUGUGUGUCUGAAAGCAAAGAUGGCAAAAUGAUGCGUUUUACCUGGCUGCAACAAGCAGGGGCUUUGUUCUAUACUAGAUCAGUAAAUAUUGUAAAAAUGGUGCCUUUUCCCCAAAAGACUUUGUUCAGGCCCCUGAUUGACUCCAAUGGGCUGCACAAUUUGGAAUCACAGCGCCACCUGCUUUGUUGGCAUGUAUGUAAAGGACUAUUAGGGCCAUGCUGAGAAAAAAAAUGUUUCGUAAAAUGAAGAGGGAAAAGUCGUCACGCGGCGGCUGAAAUAAGUAUUUAACACGUCACCAUUUUUCUGGAAAGUCUUACUACAGCUAAUUAGUGUAAUUUUGCUUAUCUAGAGGAUAAAAUGUGGAAAAAAAACGUGACGUAUUAGAAAAAAAAAACAAUGCGAUUUUGGAAUCAGCACGUCAAUUUUAGUUGCAAUCAACAUCGAAAUCUAACUCAACAGAAUGUUUCUUUCAAAUUCUUCCCCAGUGUAAUCAAACAGCAAUCUAGUCCCUUGUCAGUGCAAAUGAAUAUCAGCUGGUUCAGUCCUAAUUGACAGGCAACAAAAAGGUCUUGAAACUGUCAUUGCAAACUAAGCCUUUUGUACAAAGUAUUAAAUACCAGUUUCCGCGUUCAAUACCUUCCCCUGUGUCAUUCCACAUUAUUACACAAUUUAAUUUGGGAUAUUGUUCUACUUGCUUUGUAUGUAUGGGUUACGUAGGUUGUUCCCAACAUCUGGGAACAUUUUCAAUAGCACCUUUGGCAAUAUAUUUAGUGAGAAAAACGGUGACGUGUUAAAUACUUAUUACAGCUGCUGUAU